AUGGAUUCACAAGAAAACUGUACAAGAUACGGUUUUAUAUUGUUAAUUACCAAAUUUUUAUUCAUCUUUAUCAUAAUUUGGAAUCUUACAACUUAUUGUAUAUUGGAAAAUGAUUAUAAUAAUAAUGAGAGUUACGAGAUUAAUUCAAAUAAUUCGGAUAUGUUGGUAAAUCAGAAAUACUGCGGAUCAAACGAAUGUAGAUUUUUGUUCGCACAUCGAAUUCCGGAACAAGAAUCACAAGCGAAUUCCCAUUUUUAUUCAUUUAUACAAUUAGCAGAAAUGCUCAAUAGAACAAUGGUAUUGGUUAACGUACAAAAUUCUAGAAUAGGCGCUUGUUUAGAACUACCAUAUGAUUUCUAUUAUAACGUCCAAGAAUUAAAAAAGUUAUUUCCCAAUGUGAAUUUUAUCACUCAAGAUGAUUUUCUUUCUUGGACCAAGGAACGUCAUGAAAAACCUGAUGUUGUAUUUAGAAGGAUUCAACAAGGUGGGGAACCAAAUACGAUUAUUAGUGACGUUAGUCCACAAGAAUGGGAUAACGUAAUAAACAAUCAAUGUCUUGAGGAAUUUGAUUUUAAAUUUGACGAUCAGGACGUUUCCCUUUACAAGAAACUUCUAAUCGGACCAAAGAAAUAUUGGAGAAAGUAUAAUGAAGCCAUGACAAAAUUCAUCGUUUCAAAUUUAGAACAUAUCAAUGAAGAAGUUUUAUUAAUACAUCCUUAUGAAGUCGGGGGUGCUUAUUUCCCUUCAAAAGGUGAAGUCAUACCCUUACCUUACGCUACUCAUUUGAUCGAAGCAGCGAAAAAUGUAUCGAGUCAUUUGAAACCUUAUAUAGGUAUUCAUUGGAGACAAGAGACUAUAAAUUCGAGUGUGUUACCAAAUUGCGCUGAAGGUUUAAUUAAAUAUAUUAAAGAACUUCAAUUAAAAACGGGAAUAGAGAAUAUUUAUUAUGCGACGGAUUAUCCUUUAUAUAAUGGAGGAGAGAAUGCUCAAUCAUCCACAUUUCACAUAUUAACUCGAGAACAUCAUGAGACCAUGAGAAUGUUAAAUUCUACUUUUACUUUAAAAACUUGGGUAUCAUUAAAGGCUCUAGAUGGUUUAUAUGACAUCCUCCCUCAAUUUAAAGAUUACAUCACUAAAGAAUUAAGUGGAUCCGGCUUGGCUGGGAUACUUGAUAAGUUGGUAUUGGUUGAUGCUGAUUACUUUAUUAUCGGUCCACGUGGAUGUGCCAGAACUUCAAGUAAUUUUACAAAGAAAAUUUAUUUGGCAAGAAAAUUAUUGAUGGAAUCCGGUAACAAGGAUAUUCACAAUGAUAUUGAUCAUUGGUAA